AUUAGUUGCAGAUUCUGAAAGAAAUGGAUGAAAUCGCCAAAAAUUGGAAAAUCUAUAACGGAGUCACCCACUGGCUCGGAUUAUUAGACUCUCCCCCAAGUGACCUCCGCACCUACAUCAACCACUACGGUGAAAUGGCUGAAGCCACUUACGAUGCAUACAUUAAGACACCGCUCUCAAAAAACGCAGGAAACUGUCGUUUUUCACGCAAAAAUCUGUUCGACCGAUGUGGGAUUCUUCGUGGGCGCCCGUUGAACCAGUAUAAAGUGACCAAGUACAUUUACGCCACAUCUGCUGUCCCAGUUCCUGGUGCAUUUGUCACGUCUUCGUCAGCGCAGCCUUGGAGCAAAAAGUCAAACUGGAUAGGGUUUAUCGCAGUGGCUACUGAUGAAGGGAAGAAGGUGUUGGGAAGGAGAGAUAUUAUGGUUGUUUGGAGAGGGACAGUCAACCCUUCGGAUAUGGUUCAUGAUGCUGAGUUAGUGAAGGUUUCCGCUAAAUUAAUAUUUGGUGAAAUGCAUCUAGAUAACCCGAAAGUACACAUGGGCUGGUACUCCAUCUACACUACUGCGGAUCCGAAUACACGUUACAAUCAAAUUAGUGCUCGAGACCAGGCGUUGGCUGAGGUGAAGAAACUAGUGAAUGAAUACAGGGAGGAGGAAACUAGCGUGACCAUUACUGGGCACAGCAUGGGUGCAGCAGUAGGGACACUCAACGCGAUUGACAUAGUCUUUAAUGGAAUCAACAAGCAAUCAGUUGUGCCACCGAGGGCCUGCCUAGUAACCAUGUUCGCUUUCGCUUGCCCAAAAGUAGGAGAUGCUAACUUCAAAAAGGUAUUCAAUUCACAGACUAAUCUUUAUUGCCUACGCAUUAACAAUGCUCUAGAUAUAGUUCCCAAGUAUCCUAUGGUAGGGUAUUCGGAUGUUGGGCAAGAGUUGGGGAUUGAUACCACAAAGUCUACUUACUUGAAGAGUGUUGGGGAUCCCGUGACUUGGCAUAGCAUGGAGGGUUACAUGCAUGGUGUUGCAGGAACACAAGGUACUUUAAAGGAUGAAUAUGGUAUACCUAGUAAUUGGUGGAUUGAGAAGCAUAAUGGAAUGGUUCAAAAUGAUAAUGGAAAUUGGGAAUUGAAGGAUCGUGAAGUAGAUGACGAUCAAUGA